AUGGCGUUCCUCGUUGCUAAGAGGGCAUGGGGUUUCUCGUUGCUAAGAGGGCAUGGGGUCUCUCGUUGCCAAGAGGGCAUGGAGUCUCUCGUUGCUAAGAGGGCAUCGGACUUCCCGUUUCUAAGAGGGCAUGGGGUUUCUCGUUGCCAAGAGGGCAUGGGGUUUCUCGUUGCUAAGAGGGCAUGGGAGGGCAUCGGACUUCCCGUUUCUAAGAGGGCAUGGGGUUUCUCGUUGCUAAGAGGGCAUGGGGUCUCUCGUUGCCAAGAGGGCAUCGGGCUUCUCGUUGCUAAGAGGGCAUGGGGUUUCUCGUUGCCAAGAGGGCAUGGGGUCUCUCGUUGCCAAGAGGGCAUGGGGUCUCUCGUUGCUAAGAGGGCAUGGGGUUUCUCGUUGCUAAGAGGGCAUGGAGUCUCUUGUUGCUAA